AUGGAUGAUUUCUUCAUCAAAUUUAAAGAUUUUUUCGAUAAAGUUAAAGACAUUACGAAUGUGAGAUUCACUUAUAUGAAAGAAUUAUAUAAUCUUGGGUUAGACUAAUUUCCAGAUAACUAUUAAAUUCUGAACAUCCAAAAGAACAACUAGGCAAGUAUCCAGUAAGGUGCAAAUAAACUGAAGAAGAACUGGACUGAUGAUGAUAAAAAAGUAUUAAUUUGGUUGGUUGGAAAAUACUUGGCCUUUCAAAAGAGAGAUUUUAAACAUAUUGUAUUGAAUUUGUUCAUAUGAAUUAUAUAGAGUGAAAGUGAUUGGAUCAAUAUAUCUUCAAUGAUGUAGAGAAGAGAUGCCUUUCAUUGUAAAUAAAAAUGGCUUCAAAUGUUGAAACUACCUUUACAAUAGGCUCCUUGGAGUAAGUAGGAAGAUGAUGCACUUCUAUUAAUUAUUCAAGAAUAUUAGAAAUUAAAUAAAGGUAAUAAAUGGAGUCAAAUUGCCACAACUCUUAACAAACGUACCGAUACAAGUGUUCAUAGAAAUGGGAAAUAAUGUAGGGAAAGAUGGAAUAAUCAUCUAAAUCCAUCUAUUAAUAGGUAAGAAUAUAAUUUAUUUUAAGAAAACCUUGGUAAUUAUCUGAAGAUUUAGAGCUUAUGAAAUUGGCCAUUUUAAAUGGAAAAAAAUGGGCUUAAAUUUCAAAAUAGUUAAAACUGUAGAGAAGUGAAAAUAAUGUGAAAAAUAGAUUUAAUUGUCUAAUGAGAAAGGAAAGAAACAAUAAAGCUUAAACUUUUUCUAUAUAAGAAGGUGAUCAUGAAUCAUAAGAUUCUUUUUCAUCUAAUCCUUCAGUUGAAGAAUUAAGUUUAGAAGAAUUAAGAAUUAUCAAUUAAAUUAUCAAAAAAAUUGAAUGGAGAAUGAAAUAAGACGGUUGUGAUCCUUAUGAUGUUAAAUAAGAAGAUUUUGAUUAACAAUAAAAAAAGAUUACAUCAACUCAUUAAUUGAAAAAUAUUAAAUAAUAACAAUAAGGGGAAGUAUAAAAUCUUGCUAUUCAAAAUGUGGAUAAUAACUAAAAUGAAGAUAAUAAUAUUAAUGAUUAUAAAUAAUAAGAUAAUAACAAUAAUAAAUAAUAAUAAAACACCUUAACAUUAUAAAUUAUGGAUUUUGCUUAAAUUUCUUCAGAUGAGUAUUUAUAAUUAUAAUCAUGCCUAAUUAAUAGAGAGAAAAAUAGAAUCUAUUUUACUACUUAAGAACAAAUUAAUUAAUUUUCCAAAACAUAACCAUAAGUCAAUAUUAAUAAAGAUUCAGUAUUAAACUAAGAAUUUCUUGGUCAAUUGAGUAAUCCUAGUCUACCAAGUUAUAACAAUCUGUUAAACAAUAUACGUUUAAAUUAAAAUGUUGAAGAUCCUAUAUAAUAAAAUUAGUUAUCUAAUUAAGAGAAUCAACAUAGUAUAAAUUCUUACUUCCAACUUUUUCCAUUCAAUAACUAUUAAUAAUAGUAUUAAGGAGCUUCCUAAAGUGUAACUUAAAGAUCAAUCUUGAAUUUUCCACCUAAUUUGAAUACUCAUAAUUUUUAGUAGGUUCCUAAUUAUUUUUAAGGAUUCAAUUAUCAUAUUGCUUGCUAUCCUUAAUAAUAAUAUAAUUAAUACCUGUAAAAUAAUGAUAAAGCAUAAGGAUGA